AUGCGGCUCGCGCACGCGAGACCGCGCCUCGCGGCGACGGCGACGGCGUCCACGUCCACGUCCGAGCCCGCGACCGCGGGCGUCCGCGCGUCGUCGUCGCUCGCCGCUCGAAGACGCCGCGUCAGCGUCGUCGUCGCGCUCCGGCGGAGGACGCCGUCGCGCGCGCGCGUCGUUCGCCCUCUCGCGGCGCUCCCGGAGGAGAUCUCCGGGCUCGCGCGCCGCCCGGGGCACGUCCAGCGCGCGGACGCGCCCGCGAACGCGCUCCGCGGCGACGCGACCGCGAACGCGCGCCUCGUCUCGUCGAAUCCGUCUAAUCCCGUCGUCUCGAAUCUCGCGGCCGCGCGCGCCGCGGCGCCCGCGCCGCCGCCGACGCCGAACGCGGUCACGGUCACGCUCCCCGCGUCCGCGAUCUUCGCGCUGACGCUCGGCUCCGUCGCCGCGUGCGGCACCGUCUUCAUGCUCGCGGUCGCGCCCGCGCUCCGAGCGAUGGAGCGCGCGUCCGUCGCCGCGGAGCGCGCGGCGGAGGCGUCCGAGAAGGCGAUGCUCGAGUUCGAGAAGCUCUCCGCGCAGACCGCGGAGGACCUCCCGAAGACGCUCGCGGAGAUGGAGGCCGCGGGGCAGGAGUGGGACGAGCUCGGCGAGGAGCUGCGCGAGCUCCUGGCGCGCGUCGAGCGAUGGGGGCAGUUCAGCGGCGCGGAGGAGGCGCUCACGAAGCUGACGACGUCGGUGCUGGAGGAGCCGACGAGGGUGAUCGACGAGGCGGAGUCGUACAUCAAGCGGCUGUCCGACGACUUCACGCGGACGCUGAACCAGCUGUCGGACUGGGACAAGGACCUGCGGUCGUCCGUGGAGAGGGCCGCGUUCUCGGAGGCGUGGGAGAGGCAGGGGAAUGGCGAGAAGAAGCUCCUCUCCUCGGACGCGGACGGCGGGAAAGGCGGCGGAGGACGAGAGGACGGCGGGAAGGCGUCUCCGUUGCUUCUGCUCGCGCGGCAGAGGCAAGCCGUCGCGGACGCGAUCGCGGUCGCGGAGGCGGCGACCGCGGACGCGCAGGCGGCGACCGCGGAGCUCAUGAGCGGCGGCGGCGUCGACGCGGACGGCGACGCCAUCGCGGCGAUGGAGGGCAAGGCGGAGAGCGUCACGACGGCGCUGAGAGAGGCGCUGCUCGCCGUGGAGGAGGCGAAGGAAGCGUCGCGGUCGUUCGACGAUGGCGACGGCGACGGCGACGGCGACGGCGACGCCGCGCGCUCGAGCGGGCUCCUCGCGCUCGAGAGAGAGCUCGAGAGGAAGCGCGACGCCGCGGUGGAGCGGGCGCUGAAGGGGAGCGUGGACGCGGACGGGGACGCGGACGGGGACGCGGCGGACGCGGAGGAGGGGGACCGCGGUCCGAACGACUCGGGGGACAACGCGUUCGUGCCUUGA